AUGAGGUUAGCAAGUGGAUUGGAACAAUCAACUGCUCAGGAGUUAAGGUCGUUUUCAGAUUGGAUACUUCAAAUCGGUGAAGGUCGAUGUGGAACUCUGGUCAAUGAUAAACUUUUUGUUGAUAUUCCUUCUGAUCUAAUCAUUUCUAUUUUGGAAAAUCCAAUGGAAGAUAUUGCAAAUACAAUCUAUCCGAAUUUGGUUAAGAAUUUUCGUGAUCCAAGCUUUUUCCAAGAUAGGGCAAUACUGGCUACGACUAUCGAGAAUGUUGAAGAGAUAAACAAUUAUAAAGUUGACUUGUUGCCCGGUGACGAGAAAAAUUAUCUCAGUACUGAUUUGAUAUGUGGUAGUGAUGCCUAUUCUGAUGUUGAUAUUGAUUGGAUAAAUGUUGAAUUCUUGAAUCAGAUUAGGUGUUCUAGUCUACCUAAUCAUUCGUCGAAGUUGAAAAUAGGCGUGCCUAUUAUUUUGUUGAGGAAUAUUGAUCCAGCUGGGAGUUUGUGUAAUGGCACUCGACUUGUUGUGUGA